CUGCCUGCCCCACGGCGUCUCCUUGGCCACUAAACCGCAACUGCCCCCACAUUAAGACAAGGGGGAGCGUGGAGCAGAGCAGGAGCCUGAGCCAGACCAGGGCUACGUCCUCUCCCAGCUCUUCCUUCAGGGACUGACAUGGCCCGGCCACAGCUGCUGUUCCUCCUGGCGUGGGUGGCCGCCGUCGGGGAAGCCCGGCACAGGUCUGCCUGGGCCAGGAAGGAGCUUCUCAACGUCUGCAUGGACGCCAAGCACCACAAGCAGGAGCCAGGUCCAGAGGAGAAGCUGCAUGGGCAGUGCAGUCCCUGGAAGAACAACGCCUGCUGCUCCAUCAACACCAGCCAUGAGGCCCACAGGAAUAUUUCCUACCUCUACAAUUUCAACUGGGACCACUGUGGAAAGAUGGAGCCUGCCUGCAAACAACACUUCAUCCAGGACACCUGCCUCUAUGAGUGCUCCCCGAACCUCGGGCCGUGGAUCCAGAAGGUGGACCAGAGCUGGCGCAGAGAGCGCAUCCUGAACGUGCCCCUGUGCAAGGAGGACUGUGAGAGAUGGUGGGAGGACUGUCGCAGCUCCUUCACCUGCAAGAGCAACUGGCACAAGGGCUGGAACUGGACCUCAGGGUACAACACGUGCCCAGUGAAAGAGGCCUGCCACCCUUUCCCCUUCUACUUCCCCACACCCGCUCAUCUGUGCAAUGAAAUCUGGACCCACUCCUACAAGGUCAGCAACUACAGCCGAGGGAGCGGCCGCUGGAUCCAGAUGUGGUUUGACCCGGCCCAUGGCAACCCCAACGAGGAGGUGGCGAAGUUCUAUGCUGCAGCCAUGAGCGGGGCUGGGCUGCCUGGGGCCUGGCCUCCCCUGCUCUGCCUGGCCCUGACUGUGCACUGGCUGCUCAGCCGAGCUCCCUUCACCUUCUGAUACCCGGACGUCCUGCCCCGUUUAGUCCCACGGUUCCCAGGUGUUCUGUUGCUGCUCCUUGGUGGGGCCCCUGUCAGCCAGUUUAAAUAAACCACCUCCGCGUGUGUCUUGUGAGUUACUGGGGUGUGAAUAAGGCUGUGACCGCUUUACUUCCCAGUUCCCACUA